GGAUUUCCAGGCAAGAUCUCAGCUCCGGCGGCAGCAUCAGCUCGGCCCAUCUCGUGCACCCCGGCGCUGCGCCCCGAGAAGGCGCAGAGCGCGGCCGCCGCCGCUGAGCCGCCCACCGCACCCAGGGCCGGCGCAGCCUGGUCACCCCCGCCCGAGGCAGCUGCAGCUGCUCCGACCUCGACUUCUGGGGGUGCGGGGGUCGGCGGGGGAACUGUCGCCGUCCUUCGCCCUUCUCGCGGCGGAGGGGACUGGAGCCUUGGCCGCCGCCUCCCGCGCGCCCUCGCAGCCCCGAGCGGCCCCAGGAUUGCGAACUCGUCGUGCCCUGAGCGGUGGGGCGGGGCUCCGCACUCCUGCCCUCGGCCCGGAUGGGUGUAUUGGCUGGGACUUGGGGCUCCUGGAGUUAAUGUCCAACCGGGGGUCUGCGGAGACCGGAUCCGAGGUGCCGCCGCCGGACGGGACUCUAAGAUGAAGUUAUGGGAUGUCGUGGCUGUCUGCCUGGUGCUGCUCCACACCGCGUCCGCCUUCCCGCUGCCCGCCGGUAAGAGGCCUCCCGAGGCGCCCGCCGAAGACCGCUCCCUCGCCCGCCGCCGCGCUCCCUUCGCGCUGAGCAGUGACUCCAAUAUGCCGGAGGAUUACCCUGAUCAAUUUGAUGACGUCAUGGAUUUUAUCCAAGCCACCAUUAAGAGACUGAAAAGGACCCCAGACAAACAAAUGGCUGUGCUUCCUAGAAGAGAGCGACACCGGCAGGCCACGGCCGCCGGCCUGGACAACCCCAGGGGGAAGGGCCGGCGGGGCCAGAGGGGCAGGAACCGGGGCUGCGUCCUGACCGCUGUCCACCUGAACGUCACCGACUUGGGUCUGGGCUACGAAACCAAGGAGGAACUGAUCUUCCGGUAUUGCAGCGGCUCCUGUGAGGCUGCCGAGACAACAUACGACAAAAUACUGAAAAACUUAUCCAAAAACAGAAGGCUGGUGAGUGACAAGGUGGGGCAGGCCUGUUGCAGACCCAUCGCCUUCGACGACGACCUGUCGUUUUUAGACGAUAACCUGGUUUACCAUAUUCUAAGGAAGCAUUCCGCUAAAAGGUGUGGAUGUAUCUGACCCCUGCUCCAGAGACCGCGGCGCAUUGCAUUCCUGCUACCGUGCGAAGAAGGGGACCAAGGUUCCCAGGAAACGUUCGCCCAGAUGGAAGAUGAGGACCAAGGUGGAGGAGGAGGAGGAGGAGGAGGAAGGCAGCCAUUGGGGGAGUUUGGUAUGGAGAGAUCCAGCUGCAGAAACCUGGACAGGAGAGGGAGAAAACGGCCAUCUGGAUUCUCCCGAACGGCGGCCGUUGUCAACAGAAGCUCAGGACUGGUGUCCCUGGUUGGGUGUUACCAUGGUUCCACCUGAUACAGUCCACCGUCCACCGUCACUGGUCUCGGGCACAGUCGCAGAUGCACUUGAAACCAGACCAGUGUGUCUCCUGUGGUUUGUUUCCGCACAUCUGGAGACACCGGGGAAACGUAAUCCUGGUGUCGUUCCUUGUCGUUACGUUUUACUGCUGAAAGCAGGAAAGGUUUAUUUUUCUGUCACUCAGUGGAGACAAGCCCCAGAAAGAAGGGGAGAAAAAAAGCAAAGACACAAGUCACAGUAACCUUGGAAUCUGAAAGUGAAGGCCUGAGGUUUACUACAACCAGCAUGUUGUAAACGGCUGGUGAUUCAUUUUGAACUUGGUGUGUGGGGUGGGAAGAAGUCGGCUAGGAACCAGAAAGGCUGUCCUCACGACUGAAAACCAACCCGAAGGUAUUGCCUUUCUGGCCCUGGAAACAGGAGACCAGUUGGGGUUUUCGGCAGCAUUCUUGCAGGAGAGCAAAUGGGGAAGCCCCACCGCCCAGGGGCGAGGAGGCCACUGGCCCGUUCGUUUACAGAGAGACGGAUGUUACAUACACCCCAGCUCCGUUUAUGCAUGGUCACCAGUGACCAGAGAAGCUACUCGAUGCAAUGCAUCCAUUUCAGAUACAGAAAUAGAGAGAAGAUAUUUAUUGAGAUUUAAGUUAUUGUUAUUUAUUGCCGUUCACUAAUGAAUUUCUCUUUCUUCCCUUAUUUAUUAAAGUUUCUUUUCAAAGGUGCCAAAGUAUAUGUGCUCGCAAAAUGCAAAGAAGGGUGACGAAGGAAAUUUCAAUUGGGAACAAGGGUCCAUGCUUUUCAAAGCAUUGAAACAUUUUCACUAGGCAAAAAUCACUUACUUUACCUUUUAAAGAAAAGCCCUCAUUAAUUUCCCCAGAUUUCAGCGUCUUCCCAAUUUUCCAUUUUUUAUAGAAGAAAUGUAUCUGAAGGGCCAUCUGUGUCUGUGGUGUCCUUCCCCGGAGCCGUGUGCAGAGGUGGUUGGCACUCGAUUUAUUUCUUCGCUGCUCCAGCUCUGAACAGAAAUGCCACAUGCUCCAUGUUCUGUUGUAUUUAAGCUCUUACCCCGACCACAUGUACCUGUGAUAUGCUUAACCGCACACAUGAACGGUUCAACUCCUUGUAGUAGGUAGUUCUGCAUCCCAUGCCGACCCAAAAGCGGAAGUCCUGUCAGGUGGCCAGGUUCCACCCUGAGUGGGGACUCUUCCUCCGUCCUCCCCACGGUCCCUGAGACACGCGCCAGUGCCAGGUGCAGCCAAGGAGCAUGCUGCCGCUUGAACUGGGCUCUGCUGGUGGCCAUGAAGGCCCCGGGGCUGUCUUCUCUGGGUCACCGCCGCUGCCAUCCCUGUAUACCUGAUCCCUCCCCUGGAAGAUGGCAGCCUGGAAGGGUGGGCGAGCGAGACAUGUCUGGCCUGGCCACUGGCCAAGCCUGGUGCCAGCUUGAUGAUGAACAUCUUGGGGGGAGGGGAAGAGCCCCUCCCAAGCGCCCCAGGCCGCGGGUGCGCUGGGCCCUACAAUGGAGACCGCUGCGCCUCCUUCAAAUCAGUGUGUUAAUUUCACCAAGUAACAGAGAGGCAGCAGUUACCAGGCAUCUCCUCCCUCCGGCCCCCAGACACCCUAGUUCUCUCUCACCCUCCCCUCUCUGCCCUUUGGCUUCUCUUGUUGGGCUUGGAAACAGAGGAAAAGGGCCCCCCCCCUUGCCCUCUCCGGGGGCCAGAAGUGAGGGGACCUUGCCAAGGAGCCGUCACUCAGCACAGUAGCCGACCCAACUGUCUGGUCAUUCAGGCAGCACAGUUUGAUGUCUCCCCAGGGUCAUCUGUCUGAUUCAGAGACUCCUGGAAGGCUUAGUGGCUGGUGUCCCCAGGUGACAACUCAGCCAGCCCCCAGCUCCCAACAGAGCGUCCCUACCCAGAGGGGUCGUCGGGUUCCAUGGUGUUGACAACUCCUUCCCAGCAUCACCUGCACACCACAGGCAGGUCUCAACCCAGACAAAUCGCUCCACCAAAUCCGCAAAAGGGUAAAGUCUGUGAUUUUUCUUUGUCGUUGUGAUUACCACCUGAUUCAGUAAGGAGUGCCCUUCUUUGGAAGUUCUGACUUCUCUGAUCUGUCUUGGUCGUUUGUGUUA